AUGACAACUAUAUUUGAUUUUGACAGGAAGAGAAGAAUUAAAGAAUUCACCGACAGCAUCAUCAUGGUGGCAGACUCUUUUCACAGCCUUCAUAGCAUCAAGAAAAAUGAUACUGAACUGGAGCUGUGGUCAAUCAACACAUCUGAUUUCUACCAGGAAUUUAGGACAGUGGCAGACAUUGGCAUACCAUUCUGCGUUGUGGGAUUAAUUGGGAACGGAGUUCUCUUCUGGCUUCUCUGCUGUACCAUCAAGACGACAAAGUUCACUAUAUAUGUUGCAAAUAUGGCAGUUGGUGAUUUUAUUAUACUCCUCCACUAUUUUGUUGCUUACCUUUUAAUUUUUUUACCGCCUCGUGCUAGUUUUUACUAUCACAAUGUAAGGGUCAUAUCGUUAAUGUUUGGAUCUGGCACCAACAUCUAUUUUUUAACUGCUAUGAGCACUGAAAGGUAUGUCAUGGUCUUUUUCCCAGUUUGGUUUGAAGCUCGCCAGCAAAUGCAUCUCACAUCCAUCGUAUGUGUCAGUCUUUGGACCUUGACAGUAAUACUGACAGUAAUAGAAUAUUAUUGUUGCCAUCCAAGAUACUUGUUACCCCAUACUAUUGGAUUUUAUUGCCAUACUGCAAUAGUAUUCCAGUAUAUCGUCAACUAUCUAAUAUUUAUCCCUGUGAUGGUCUUUUCCACUCUGGCCCUUUUAAUCAAAAUGCAAAAAAACCCACCACAAAACUUUCCAGCAGUGCUUGAUAUCAGCAUUGUGGCCACAGUUUUUAUGCAUCUUCUAUUCUCUACAUUUAUUAAAAUAAUGGUUUUCAUGAAUUAUUUGGUUGCAUUUAGACCUAGUUCACAAUAUCGUGGAGUUUCUCUGAUAUUUGAAUGUGUGGUUACCAGUGUCAAUCCUUUUGUAUACCUCCUUGUUGGCUGCUGGAAGAAGGAGAAGAGCCAGGAGUCCCUUCAUGAGCUUAUUGAGAGAAGUUUGAAGGCUGAAUCAAACAGAAACCUGAGAACACGACAAGACCAAGAGCAGGCCUGA